AAACUUACGCACACGCUGAGGCGAAAACUUACACACAGACACUAUAUAUGUCACUAUAUAACGUACGGUGGGACGACGCGCGCGCGCACACGAACACAGACAGUACUGGCGGGCACUCACACGCGCGCGCGAGAGCUCACGGCAGCCAGUGCCUUCUACAGUCGUCGUCGACUCCGCCGCCGCUGGCAAAAACAAACUUUAAUUUCAAAAAGAAUUUUAGUCUGGUACCAUCUCACAUAGUCGUCGUUGUAAUAAUAUAACAUAUUAUACCGCGCAUAUCCCGCCGGCCUGGUGUACCUAUAUACGUUAUCAGAAUACCCCUACGCACAGGUGCCACAGAGAAAAUUAUAAACCUGCGACAGAAGACUGAAGAAGAACUUUAUAUAUUAUAUCUAUUCGCCGCGUAGCGCAGGCAGUCGUCGUCGCACGACUCGCACAUUCGCGUACAGCAGCGACCGUAGUCGAGUCGUUGUCAUUCCGAUCGCUUUACGGACAAAAUGGCCGAUGGAACAGGCGCUGGACUUACCGCAGGAGAUGACACAGUGGUCGGAGGCCCGAAGACACCUCAGCAAAUCGCGGCGCAAAAGCGAUUGCAACAAACACAAGCACAAGUCGAUGAGGUGGUGGAUAUUAUGAAGACGAACGUGAUGAAGGUACUGGACAGGGAUCAAAAACUCUCCGAACUGGAUGACAGAGCAGAUGCAUUACAACAAGGGGCAUCGCAAUUUGAACAACAAGCUGGAAAACUGAAGAGGAAAUUUUGGCUACAAAAUUUAAAGAUGAUGAUCAUAAUGGGAGUUAUUGGUCUCGUAAUAUUAGCCAUUAUAGUUGCUUGGUUUUCGGACGAAUAAAGCACAGGUAACAAACUUCGAUGCGGGCCACCACACACAAUGACAACUGAUACAACCGUCAAAAUCGUGACUCUUUAAAUGAUAAAGAAACUGAAGGUGCAUUAAAAUAAAAAUAAAAACUUAUAGGUAUAUAUAUAUAUACAAUAUACAUAUAUAUAUACUAAAAAUACAUAAAUAUCGCUUUGAAAAACUGCCCCUGCCCAAAAAAAAAAAAUACUCCCUAUCGUAAUGCUCGUUUAAAAUGAUUUUUGUUAUACAAACACACAAAUUUACUUGACAUACACGCCGUACCUCCCCUAUACGGCUAUUUCCAUAAUUAAAUAAAUUUAAAAAAACUUCAUGUACUUAUCUGUAUAUAUAACGUGUAUGUAUGUGUAUGGGUGUGUGUAUACUUUCUUUAAUACCAAAGUAUACGAAUUCUUAAUGAGUUUAAACAAGAAAUACAAAUAUCUAUAAAACUAUAAACGAUAGAAUAUCCUUUUGUAAAUAUCACUUAAAACUAUUUUAUACAAUGUACAUGUCUAUCAUCACAUAUUAUAGGACUAUAACGGAGUUUGUAUUCCUUCACUAUAUAAUAUAUUUUAUUGAAUCAUAAAAAUUGGGUAGGAUUCUCAAUACAUUACCUACGCUACAAUAAUAUAUUAUACUCAUACGUAUA